CGAGCUCAGAAAGGACACGUCCUCCUUUUCCUCCACCACAAUGAUCUUUCGUCGACUCUCCUUGGUCCUUUUCUUCUUCACUGUCACCGCGUUUUUCUGCACCCAGUCAGUUGAUGCUGCCAAGGGACCUAAAAUAACGCACAAGGUUUACUUUGACAUCAAGCAUGGCGACGAGAACCUUGGACGAGUCGUCAUGGGCUUGUACGGCGGUACCGUUCCCAAAACUGUUGAAAACUUCCGAGCUCUCGCCACUGGCAAGGACAAGAACGGUAAUGAACUUGGAUUCGGAUAUAAGGGUUCCAAGUUCCACCGAGUCAUCAAGGAUUUCAUGAUUCAAGGUGGUGACUUUACCAAAGGUGAUGGAACCGGUGGAAAGUCUAUCUAUGGUGACCGUUUCGCCGAUGAGAAUUUCAAACUCCGUCAUACUGGUCCUGGGACUCUGUCCAUGGCCAACGCCGGUAAAGACACGAACGGGUCUCAAUUCUUCAUCUGCACCGUGGUCACCAGCUGGUUGGAUGGCAAGCACGUCGUUUUCGGAAAGGUUCUAGAAGGCAUGGACAUUGUACACCAAAUUGAAAAUGUUGCCAAGAACCGAGACAAACCCGUCGUCGAUGUCGUGAUUGCUGAUUCCGGAGAGCUCGAAGUGGAGGCCGUGACCGACGAAGAAGGAAACCAGGUACCUCUUCAUGCUGAGCUCUGAUUGCUUUAUUUGUGGUAUAAGAGAUAUCAUAAAAAUAAAUCUUUGUUGCU